AACCCUUGUAGUCACCUAACCAUAACCUUAGCAAGCAGUUGCUUAUCAACAGAUAGUUUGUUGAUAAUAUGACCAUCCUUAGAGUAUCUACAGACUGACUAUUCGGACUAUCUAAAUAAAGUGUGACCGUAUUCCCAUUGGUCUAUAACAGUAAUAGUGCAGAACAGCUUCUCCAUAGUGUACUGUAUAUCUACUUCUCCAGGGAUUUGAAUAACGAUAUUAGUGUCAAAGGUACGUUAACCAUUAACAGCACAUAACCUGCCCACUUCUGCCUGUAAUACUAUAAGGGUUGCCUCCAUCCGAGAUUGUGAAACAGUUAUGAAGGUGGAAUAACUCAGCGUAACUCAAGGGAAGUGUUACUCACUCCAGAGCCUACAGCAAAAGUUGAGCGUGGAAAAUCUUGGUUAUCCUUAAAAGAAAGCCACACAGGUGGAAUAGAAUUUUGGAAUUGAAGUUUGCCGUAUUCAGGAGUUGGAGAUGUGUAAACACUUCAAGAGUCUGCUCAACAUCUUGAGGCUGCUGGAGAUCAUACUGUGUACGUUAGCCUUGGUCGUCCCUAUGUUUAGGGGUAGGAUGGUGAACCCAUACGGCAUCUACUGCGAGUUCAUCUGGGUCUUCUGUGUCAUUAUGGCUGUGGUCCUACUGGUGUCCGAGAUCAUGCUAUUGCACAUCCUCCUGCCCAACUGGGACGACCUUGUUUGCGGUCUGACCAUGCUGUGCACGCUCAUGGUCGCCGCCGCCACGCUCAUUUUCGCCAUCGUCUUUGGCUGCCUGUCGUGUAUCAGCAGUGUCUUCUGCAUCAUCUUCUCAAUGGCCGCUACCGCGGUCUUCCUGGUAGACAGUGUCAAGAGAAAAAUGAAGUGUCCAAAGGGCUACCUAUCAAACCUAAGGGGUAUUCUGAGAUUCACAGAGGCCGUCCUGGCUUGCAUCAUCCUCGCCGGCGCCACCAACUACUUCCUGGGUGUGGAAGGCGAAUUCCGCCCACCAGCCAUGUUGUGGUGCAUUGUAGUCUAUGUAGUCUGUCUCCCUGUGACCGUUCUCAUCAUACCCAUCCGUCUGUGCAGUCUACUUGAAUGCCUCAUCUACUGUAUUGGGAUGGAUCUGUUGGAGUUGGUGUUUAACAUAGUGGCUGUGGUGUUGUACCUGUCUGCUGUCAUCCUCUGGCCUGUCUUUGGUUACAAGCACUACCGUGAGUACAAUCCACCAAACUGUGACUACUGUCGCCAUAACGACCUGGAUGUGGUAACUGUGGGGACCAUUGCCAAUCUCAUCCUCUACGUCGUGGACUUGGUUUUCACCAUCUUGGCUCGACUGAAAUCCUAACAUCUUGCAAAGUUAAGAGCUUCUAGAGGUGUACCUGGGUGGCAUUGACAUCCUGGCCGUGCUUCUGUACACCUCCGCUGCGACCUUGCCUUCAGCUUCCAGAACGGCUUUCCAUCUGCCAUAACUGCACAUGGGACAAUCUGGUGGUUGUAGCGUAUGUCAAUCUUUUACGUUGUGGAUUUGAUUUAUUCCCUGUGUUAAUUGUUGUUCUUUUUCAUAACAUAAUGGAACCUAUGGCGCUUUACUUGAAAGCCCAGAUGUAGAGUACAUCCAUGUCAAUGAAACUCUUCAUCCUCUUUAUAGUGGACCUGGGGAGAAUCUCAAUUGCACACUCCUCGCGUCCUCUUGCCGAGGAGGAGGAGAGAGGACGCAAGAGGAGUAUGCAAUCAAGAUCUUCCCCUGGUUUUUACCCUGCUCUGGAUAUUAGGCUUCAAACGCCCAGAGCUGACCUCUGGUGGGAGCUGAUCUCUCUUCGGUCUGUCUGUCUAAUCCUGUACGGAUCUCGCAUGAAUUCUUCAUUAAGAUAUGCAUAGGUGAAAAAGAUACCCAUGUAUAACUGUCACGAGGUGGAAAAGGUUCGUUUGGAUCUGGGUUGAUCAGGAAGAGUGAAGUAGAGGAAGGCAACAGUUUCAACAAAUAACAUAUUUAAUAGGGCAUGGCUUUCUGAUGGUUACACCACACAAUGUUCUGUUCCAUAGUUGUUGUUUAGCCAAUGCAAAUAGAUUAAAAGUUCAAAAUGACAUACAAAUACCAGAAAGAAACAAACCAAACCAAACAGAAACGGGCACUGGAAGUGGUGCAGCCCAGGAGGCAGGUGCCCAGUUGCUCCUUUUUUGGUACAGUUGCUUCAUCUCAAAGAGUUGAUCUCACCAAACGGAUGCGCUCUCUCGCUCAGCCAACAAAGUGCUCCACCAUGACUCCAGACUGCAUGACUUCCUGUGGGCGGCCACCCCUUAAACAGGGGUUAAAUAGAAUUCAGAAGAACACUUACUUAAUCCAUCGUCCAAUUAAAUGUCUGGGAGAGUUAAUGAGUCAAUCAGUCCCACCUGUGACAUACCAUUUAUACAUGUUAGCCAUUUCCAUGGCAACAGGGCCUUCAUACUGUAAGUAAUUAUAUUUAUAUGGAAUGCAACAGCAUUACAUGGCCA